AUGGGCUCAUUACCUGUCACAGCCACUGGUUACAUAUCGGUCGGCCACCAGCUCCAUGACCGCCUGAAAAAGCUUAACGACUCGCUACGUAGGGAUGUAUUGGUCGGAACCACUCUGAAAGACAUGGAAGAGUUCUACGAGAAUCUUAUCACGACGAUCCAUCCCGGCUACACGGAUGACGAACACACCUAUGCCAAGGAAAAGAAAUGCUGGAGCUGGUGCUAUCGAGAUCGCUUCGGCUACAUCGACCCGCCCUUCCCAGGUAUCUCACCAUUCCAAGACCCGAGUCGCAUCUAUCUCGAUGCUGCCGAAGACCAGAUCCUCCCCAUCUUCGAUACGCCGUACACCAUGUAUUUCGCGACGUUGCCGCCAGCCCCGCUGUGGAACCCCUAUGUACACCUGGGCGAAGUCAUCCCCUUGAUGCAGUUUGCAUGGCGCCAGCACGACCGCAUGAAGAACGGGUGGCGGAAAGGACGUAGGUAUGGCGAUCUCAUGGCAAAGAUGAAUGCCUCGUGCCCGCCCAUCGACGCGUGGGUCACUCUACAGCUUGCCGUGGCUCUGAUCUGGCAAGGCUGGGCAUAUCGUGGGAUCGGGAAGCCGGUAAAGUAA